CGCCCCGUGACGUCACGCGUGAGUCGGAAAAGUUGGCAGUGCGGAAGUGAGGAAGCAGUACAGGUAGACGGAGUUUUCGGAUCAACUAAACAACAACAGAUUAAAGUGUAUGUUUGUUUAGCUUGGGUGAGAGUGAGACUGCUGUGCUCGGGCAUGGAAGCAGUGCCGCGGAUGCCGAUGAUCUGGUUGGAGCUGAAAGAAGCUGGAGAGUUUCACUUCAGCUCCGGAGUUGUUCAGUACAUUAAGAGGAAUUAUGGUGAAAACCCUGAAAACUACAGUGAAGCCCUGAGAAAACUGGAGAAGCUUCGCCAGCAUGUGGUGAACAUCUCGAGGGACUUUGAGGGCUGUAACAUACUGAGAAAAUACUUCGGUCAGCUGCACUUCCUGCAGAGUCGUGUUCCAAUGGCUAAGGGACGAGAGGCAGCUGCACCGGUCACCUGGAUUGACAUCUUUUCAGGGAAGCAGGUCACUCAUGAAGACAUCAGCUAUGAACAGGCGUGUGUUCUUUAUAACCUCGGUGCUUUACACUCUUAUCUGGGAGCCAUGGAUAACAGAGUUUCUGAAGAAGGAAUGAAGACGUCCUGUACACAUUUUCAGAGCUCUGCAGGAGCAUUCACUUACAUCAGAGAUUAUUACAACUCUGGCUACAGCUCUGACCUCGGCCACCCUGCAUUGUCCAUCAACAUCAGUCUAAUGCUGGGUCAGGCUCAGGAGUGUCUCCUUGAGAAAACACUGCUGGACAACAGGAAGAGCUUUCUGAUUGCCCGUAUCAGUGCCCAGGUGUGUGACUACUACAGGGAAUGUACACGAGUGCUGGAGAGCUCAGAGUGUGUGUCUGGGAAGAAAGAGUGGAGGAAACUGCUGUGGAUGAAAAUCAGCUACUUCAGCGCAGUUACACACUUACACAUGGGCAAGCACUCUGAAGAGCAGCAAAAGCAUGGAGAAGCUGUCGCAUACUUCCGAUGUGCACUAGGCAAGCUAAACGAAGCUAUUAAGCUAAGCAAGGGUCAGCCCGAGUCCGUACAGGAAGCUCUGAAGUUCACCAUGGACAUCAUCGGUGGGAAAUUCAACUCUGCUAAAAAAGACAACGACUUUAUCUACCAUGAAUCAGUUCCUGGUCUGGACAUGCUGCCUGCAGUGAAAGGAGCUUCUCUGGUAAAGCCCCUCCCCGUCUCCCCGACUGACCCCAACAGCACUGGUCCUGACCUCUUCUCCAAACUGGUUCCUCUCGCGGCUCAUGAGUUUUCGUCAGUCUACAGUGAAGAGAAGGCCAAACUGCUUCGUGAAGUGAUGGCAAAGAUUGAUGAGAAGAACCAGAUUUUAGGGCGUUUUAUGGACUCUUUGAACUGCGUCUCAGUGGAUUUGGACAUGUUCAGCUCUGUUCCUCCUGUGUUACUGGAGAAAUGUGCAGCACUCAGCGUUCAACCAGAUGCAGUAAAGAGAUUAGUGCAAGCCAUGCAGGCAUUGUCAAGCGUGUACACUGAUGUGGGCUCUUAUCUGGAGGAAGUGCGCAAUGCCCUGGAGGAGGUUGAGGCAGGAGACAAAGCGCUGCUCAAUGUGGUUGGGCAGAAAGAAUUACCCCCCAGGCCUCCUGAACUAAUGGAACUCCAAAACGAGUUCAGGAAAUAUGAGGCAGCCCAUCAAGCAGCCAGCCAAACCAAUACUGACCUCCACAAAGCCAUGAAUCAGCACAUCCCAAACCUGCGUCUGCUCCAAGGUCCACUGGAUGAGCUGAGGAACAGCCUGGCGCAGCCACAGCUGACUGAGGAUGACAAAUCAUCCUUGCAGACAAUGAAACGGAUUUGUGGUAAAGUGGAUGAGAUGCGUAAGCAGAGGAUCUCAUUUGAGAAGGAGCUUCGUGACCUCAUUCAGAAAGAUGACAUAACCACUAUUCUGGUGACCACUGAACGUUCUGAGAUAAAGGCCUUGAUUGAAAAACAGCUGCAGAAAUAUGACCAGUUGAAGGGAUACAUUGAUCAGAACCUAGCAGCCCAGGAUAACAUCAUUAAAGCUUUGACAGAGGCUAACGUGCAGUGCGCCACCAUCCGGAAGACCCUCAGUGUCGCACAAGAACAAUGGAACUGCUCUGUGCAGUCUAUGGUGGCUUCAUAUGAAGCUUAUGAGAACCUGGUGAAAAAGGCAGAGGAAGGUACGAGCUUUUAUCAGGACCUGGGAAAAAAGACAUCUAGCCUUCUGGACAAAAUUAAGACCAUCUGCAAGGGCAGAGAAGAGAGAAGUGCCUUGAUGAAAAAGGAGGUAUUAAAAGUGCCUCCUCCUAGACCUUCUGCGCGAAAGCCAGUGCUUGACAAUAAAAUUCCAGGUCCUCAGUCUGGCACCUCCAACAUGGAGCCGUCUGAUUCUUCACAGGAUCUACCCCAGAAAUUGCACAGCCUACCCCCAAAUAUGGCCUUAGCUAGAGGUCCACCAGCCCCUCUCAACUGGCCACCGGGGGCAGUCCGCCCCCCAUUUUUAAACCAAGGAAUGCCACAGCUAAUACCUACUAAUCAACCCCCUUAUGGUCCCCUUAUAGGAGUCCCACAGCCACUGGCACCUAUACAGCAUCCAUCAGGUUUUGCUGUACCUCAGCAAUUUCAGCCUGGUCCACCUGGAGGCAUCCCACCAGUUCCCUCACAGAUUAAUCCUCAAAAUAUGUCGCAAAUGCCUCACCAGGGCUUUAUGCCAGCACCCUGGCAGAAUGCAAGACCAGGUCUACCUGGAAAUGUUCUUAUGUAUGGUGGACAAGGACAAAAUAUGCCAGCUACCAUGCCUCAAUCCUCUUCUAAUCAACCAGUGACUCCAGGAACACAGUACCAAGGUUACCCCCCACCACCUACACAUGGCAUAAUCUCGCAGGCAAAUAGGGUUGGCUUUUUUGGGCAAAGCCAGCCGUCCUCCCAUUCUGGACAAUUCCAUUCUCCAGUGCCACCUCAGAGCCAGUCUCAGCCAAUGCCACCUACUGCUUACUGGCCUACUAUAGGUGUAAACACACAGUGCCAGCCUGACUUACCAGUUCAGCCAGGCCUUGUCUCAGUCCCUGGGGAAGCUAAGAUGCAACCAUUCCCUCCUGGUCCUGUAAACCAGUUUCACCCAGGACAGUCUCAGCCCCAAGCUCAAAUGGGAAAUGCUCUUUCCUCCAUGCUAUCUUCGCAACCUCAACAAAUGCCUGGAUCCCUUCAGAAUACAACGUUAUCUCAGACUACCACUCAGGUUCCCUUCAGCCAAAAUCAACCCACUUACCACUCCUUUGAUAACACUCACAUGCCUCAGAGAAUUGCACCUCCAGAAGGUAACAUAUAUUUUCAGAGUGGAACACCUCACAGCCAAGCACAACCCCUAAACACCUCUCAGCAACCCACUGCUCAGUUAAGCAACAUGUUUCAGACAGGGAAUCCUCUUCAAACCCAACAUAUUCCUUCACCUUCUGGACCAUGUAUUGUCCCAGUGAUGGACAACCCAAACCCCCCUGCACUUACUGGUAUACUUACACCUUCCCCAGCUCACCCCUUACCCUAUAAUCAGACUGGGUCUGUGCUGAAGCCUUCAUCCUCUGAGAAUUCAUUCAGUGUCCUUCAAGACAAGGUGAACCAGCUCAGCAUUGCCUCCCAGGGAGCAGGGUCUGAUUGUGGAGAAGAUAAAAUAAAAUAAAAUCCAGGCUGGUGUAGUAAUCUCUUCAAAUAAUAAUCUCGAAUCUUAACCAACUCAAUUAUAAUGUGAAACAGGGAAUGUGGGAAUAAUGGCAGCGUGUACCUCCACCCUCAGGAACCCUGUGAAUACAGCUGAUUGGACCUGAGACUCCUCUGCUAGCAGAAGCAUGAAGAAACAUCAGAACAAAAAAAGUUGUUUUUCAGGGAUCUGGAGCUUCUUUGGAUUUUACAGAAGAAUAUGAAAUACGCCUGUUUUUAAAAAAAUGUUAAUACUCUACAUUCAUCAAUAAGCUCUAAUUAGAAACAUUAGCUCUAAAUGUUCUGACACUGUAUUAUAGCUAACGUUCUGAAAGUGAAUAGUAUAUAUGAAGCUACAUGAAACACCUGAAGGGAAACGUGUAAAAACUAUGCAAUCUCUAGUUUCUGGGUUUUAAAAAAAAAAAAUAAUAGCACUAUAUUCUUGAUAAUAGUUGUUUAAUGAAGAUGGUGAGUUUAGUUAAUGGGUUUUAUUCAGCAUCAGCUGGGAUAAAGAUGCGAUGCAAUGACGUGUUUAUCCUUUUGAACAAUGUAUUUCUGUCUAAACAUUCUCUAAACUUUGUGUAAGAGUUGCUUUUGGAAUAAAGUUUACAAUGUU